GUGUUGAGAAACCACACACGAGCGGCUUCGUGACUUGGGGAAAUCAUGAAACGGUUCGUAUCGCUAAGUACACUAUGAACCCGGCUCUUUCGCUCUCGAAACCAUCUUUUGGCUUUGGCACUUUCGCUCUCAUCUCAUGUAACCAAAGAUUCUCCAAUGGUGUCUCAGAUUGGAUUUUUGGUUCCUCUUACUCAAAAUCUAGAGGAAGACACAUCAAUCCCAAAGCUCACUCUCUCCGAAGGCCCAAAUGUCAUCGGCCGCAACAGUGUCCCUGCGACCGACAAGAGGCUCAGCCGCAAGCACCUCACUCUAACCGCUUCCGCCGAUGGCUCGGUCAACUUGUUUGUGGAGGGUACGAAUCCCAUUGUGGUUAAUUCCGGGAAUAAAAGAAGGAAGCUGUGCUCUCGAAAAAGCGCUUCCAUUGUUGACGGUACUAUCAUAGAGCUAAUUCCGGGGCAUCAUUUUUUCAAGUAUGUAAAACGGGGUGGUGACAAAAAUGCGCCUUUGCUUGCUAAUGAGGAGCCAAGUCGAAAGAGGUCGCGUCAAACAAACUCGCAGGAUGGGGUGGAAAAGAAGAGCCUGGGAAAAGGAGAGAGUAGUGAGAAGGCUAUCCAACGUUUUCAGGUCCCUAAUGAUAAGUUACCUUGGACCUUUCGCCUUUUGCAAGUGAAAGGGCUGCCGGCUUGGGCGAACACCUCUUGUGUUUCUAUAAGGGAUGUGAUUCAGGGGGAUGUUCUCAUUGCUAUCCUUUCAAAUUACAUGGUAGAUAUCGGUUGGUUGUUACCUGCAUGUCCAACACUUGCAAAAAUCCCUCAUUUGUUGGUCGUUCAUGGGGAAGGUGAUGGAACAUUGGAUCAUAUGAAGAGAAAUAAGCCUGCAAACUGGAUUCUGCACAAACCGCCCCUGCCUAUUUCAUUUGGGACACACCAUUCAAAGGCCAUGCUUCUUGUCUAUCCUCGGGGAAUGAGGAUUAUUAUACAUACUGCAAAUCUAAUAUAUGUAGAUUGGAACAAUAAAAGCCAAGGAUUGUGGAUGCAAGAUUUCCCCUGGAAAGAUCAAAAUAGUCCAAGCAAAGGAUGUGCAUUUGAAAAUGACUUGAUUGAUUAUCUGAGUGCCUUGAAGUGGCCCGAAUUUUCUGUUAAAUUGCCAGCCCUUGGAAGCUUCAAUAUCAAUCCAGCUUUCUUUAAGAAGUUUGAUUAUAGUGAGGCAGCGGUCAGAUUGAUUGCUUCUGUCCCUGGAUAUCAUACGGGUACCAAUAUGAAAAAGUGGGGACAUAUGAAGCUACGAACUGUUCUCCAGGAGUGUACUUUUGAUAAAGAGUUCAAAAAAUCCCCACUUGUUUAUCAGUUCUCUUCUCUUGGUUCUUUGGAUGAGAAGUGGCUGGCUGAGCUGGCUUCCUCGAUGUCAUCAGGCUCUGCUGAAGAUAAAACACCUCUUGGUCUUGGGCAACCACGUAUUAUAUGGCCUACUGUGGAAGACGUCAGAUGCUCUUUAGAGGGUUAUGCAGCUGGAAAUGCCAUUCCAAGUCCACUAAAGAAUGUGGAGAAAGAAUUCUUGAAGAAGUACUGGGCAAAGUGGAAGGCAAGCCACACUGGUCGCUCUUGUGCAAUGCCACAUAUAAAGACGUUCGCACGGUAUAAUGAUCAGAAAUUCGCUUGGUUCUUGCUGACCUCAUCAAAUCUUAGCAAAGCUGCCUGGGGAGCCCUCCAGAAAAAUAAUUCUCAGUUGAUGAUCCGUUCUUAUGAGCUGGGAGUGCUAUUUUUACCAUCUUCUAUUGAAAGACACGGUUCUGGAUUUUCUUGUACAAAUAAUGGCGAUGUCGUGGAGGAUAAGUGCAGAUUGUCAGAAAAUUCAGAAGAAGAGAGAACAAAACUAGUGACUCUGACUUGGCAAGGAAGCAGAAAUCCAGACUCAUCUGAAGUAACUCAAUUGCCUGUGCCUUAUGAACUUCCUCCUCAACCAUACACUUCUGAAGAUAUCCCCUGGUCUUGGGACCGGCGCUACAACAAGAAAGAUGUUCAUGGUCAAGUAUGGCCACGGCAAGUACAGCUGUAUUCUUUCCAAGAUUCCUGACCUUCUUUGUGUAUAUGCUAGGAAUUCCAUUAUUGUGUGCUUUUAGUUUCUCUUCUUAGUUUUGUUUAUUGUGAAGAGUAAAAUGUGGUCAGCCUACAUCCAUGAUUCUACAUUUGGUUAAUAUGAAUAUUUUUGGAUA